AACAAACUACUGUGCUAUAUUUCCUCCUACUGUACACACCGUCUUUUCCUUCUGCUCAUCUCAUUACACUUCCCUCUCCUUCUUUCUCUUCAUCCCCCAUUCCAUUGUACUCCACGAGUUAAUGAGCAUUUUCUGAACCUGUUUUUGUUUUUCAGUAUACUUUCAAGCAAAUAACUAUGGACGAUUAAAGCUAAUGACACGUCUUCCCUACUAUAUCUGAUGUAAGAGCAGGAUAUGCAGGGAGGAGUUAAGAGAUGACACUUUGCUGAAGUCAGAGUUAAACUGAGAGCAGGAAACUGCACACGGUAACAAACACGUUCCUGCUCUUCGCGAAGAUAGCAACACAGCUGCAGCCUGCACAGAGUCCACCUUUCAUAGAGGAAUAGAAGGCACAAGCAAACUCAAAAAUGGCGUCCUCCAGCAGUUUCCUGUCUGAAGAUCAGUUCCAGUGCUCUAUUUGUCUGGAUGUGUUGACUGAGCCAGUCUCCAUUCCAUGUGGACACAACUUCUGCAAGGCCUGUAUCAGCAGAUAUUGGAACACCACUGCCCGGUGUCGGUGUCCACUGUGUAAGCAUACGUUCUACAAAAGACCAGAGUUAAAGACCAACACAACACUGAGAAAUGUUGCAGAUCAUUUCAAAAGAAUGAGUGACAGAGACAGAGAUUUGUCCCCUGCCGAGCCUGGAGAAGUGGCCUGUGAGGUCUGCACUGGGAGAACACUCAAAGCCCUGAAGUCCUGCCUGGAGUGUCUGACCUCUUACUGUGAGAUUCACUUGCAGCCUCAUCAGAGAGUUGCAGGCCUGAAAAGACACAAGCUGAUAGACCCUGUGGAAAACCUGGAAGUCAUGAUGUGUAAGAAGCAUGACAGACUCUUGGAGCUGUUCUGUAGGACUGACCAAACGUGUGUGUGUCAGUUCUGCACCGAGACAGACCACAAGACUCACCACACCGUCCCUUUAGAGGAAGAGUUUGGAAAGAAGAAGGCUCAACUGCGGAACUCCAUAGCACAAAUUCGGCAGAUGAUCCAUGACCGCUGGCAGAAGGUUAGGGAGAUCAAAGACUCAGUAGAGCUCAGCAAGAGAGUUGCAGAGAGAGAGAGAGCAGACAGUGUGGAGGUCUUCAAUGCUCUGGUGCGUUCCAUUGAGAGAAGCCAGGCUGAGCUCAUUGUGGAGAUUGAGGAGAAGCAGAAAGCCGAAGACAGGCGGGCUAAAGGUCUGAUUAACGAGCUGGAGCAAGAAAUUACCGAGCUUAAGAGAAGACGCACUGAGCUGAAGCAGCUCUCACGCACUAAGGACCACCUCCACCUCCUCCAGAGUUCCCCAUCCCUGUGCACCCCCACAUUCACCAAGGACUGGUCUGAGAUCAGUGUUCACUACUACCUACAUGUGAAGAAUGUGAGGAGAGUUGUGUCUCAACUAGAAGAGACACUUCAUAAUGAGAUAGAGAAGUUGCCUGACAUCAAGCUGAAGAGGAUGCAGCAGUACGCAGUGGAUGUGACUCUGGACCCUGAUACAGCAUUUCCAUACCUCAACGUGUCUGAGGACAGAAAACAAGUGACACUGGGAGGCGUACUAAAGGAACUUCCUAACAACCCAGAGAGGUUUGAUUAUAAUCCCUCUAUCCUGGGAAAGAAUGAAUUCUCCUCUGGGAGAUUCUACUAUGAGGUGCAGGUAGAGGGGAAGACUUGGUGGAGGUUAGGGGUGGCUAGAAAGUCCACCAACAGGAAGGGCUGGCUUCCACUGACCCCUGAGAAUGGAUUCUGGACUCUGGGUCUGAAGAGUGGGUACCACCAGCAUUGGUAUUGUGCAAACAUGUACGAUAACCUCUUCUACCUGCCCUUCUACUCCGGCAAGCCCCCGACACCCCAAAAAGUGGGGGUGUUUGUGGAUUAUGAGGAGGGUCUAGUCUCCUUUUAUGAUGUAAAGGCCAGAUCUCACAUCCACUCUUUCACUAGCUGCAACUUCACCGAGAAGCUCUAUACAUACUUCAACUCGGGUGGUAAUGCUGGUGGUAAAAACACUGCCCCAUUGGUCAUCUCUACUGUCAAUCACACAGAAUAAAUAGUGAUCCAAUAAGGUCACAGAGCUUAUAGUGCCAUAUGUAUUCAUAAUGCUGUCAGUCAGAGAUGUGACAGUAUAACCUAAUGAUGGUUUGUUUACAUGAAUGGAAUUGUAAAAUGUGUCGAUGGGAGUAAUGUCUUUGAUAUAAUAUGAUGUUGUUGCCUGUAAUGGUGUGUUAAAUCGUAGUGGUAUGAGGUGUGUAAGUGUUUGUUACAUACUGGAAGUACAGUAGAGUUGUAAUUUACUUUCACCUUAUCUUUUACAUCUGAUGUUUAUGAUGUGUUUUAACUUGAUCAUUUUGGUUAUUUGAUCAUUUUUCCUUUUUUCUAUCAAGUGUGAUGAGACCAUGUGUGAAAUACAUUUUAGAAUAAACUUACGUAUGAU